UAAAUCCCAAACAAUUUUUAGCAGUCUCCUGUAUUACAGUCUGCUUCAGUAUGAAGGAAAUUUUUGCAGUUUAGUUAUCAAUUGAGGUUUUGAUACUUUCUUUUUAAUGGCAUUUCUUAGAUAUAAGCUAACAUGAAUCUUACCAAUAUUUCUUAUGAAAUUUUGAGUUAUAUAAAUCCAAUAGAUAGAAGACACAUGAGAUUAUAAGGAAUUAAUGGUAGGAUAAAUUAUAAGGCUUAAUUCACCAUUCUUGUAUGUUAAAGUCUUACUCCCAAAAACCCAGUGCCGUCGAGUCAAUUGCUCAGUCGGCCUUUAUUGUAAGACAGUGGUUGUUACACUUGUAAGAUAUGCUUUCUUUCAUGCAUGAUGAUGAAGCAGCUGUAUCCUCUCUACUUGUUGUUGUUGUUGUUAGGUGCCGUCGAGUCGAUUCCUACUCAUAGCGACCCUAUGCACACCAGAACGAAACACUGCCCGGUCCUGUGCCAUCCUUACAAUCGUUAUGCUUGAGCUCCUCACUACUAGCGCAUACAUGUUUGAGUUCCUCUUGCCAGUGGUGGUAGUGGCCUAGACUGAUGUAUCUGCAAGGGCCAUUGUGAACCAGAGCUAAGUUUACAGGAUAACACCAGUGACCAGUAUUUUUUAUAGAGCUUCCUAGGGACCAGCCACUUUAUAAUUGCUUUACAAAUAUUAUUUAAGGAUAUUUUAAAAAUACUAUUACAAGUAUUUUUUCCUUUUUAUGUAAUUUAAAAUUCUAACGAUUGUGAUAAUUGGAAGCAAAUUCUUUGAUAUCCGUUUGUUCAUUUGACAGAAAUAAUUUGAGGGCCUCCUGUGUGCAGUGGACUCUGAGGUGGUGGUAGUACCCGAGAUUUCUAAUUCAUGACACAAAAUUGUUCUUUCUACCCAUAGUUUUGUAAACCACCGAGAUACAUGUUUACCAAUUGCCAAUGUUGUAUCUAUAAACUUCCAACAAGUCAGUGAUAAGGUUCUAGGUUCUUUAGCCAUCUCAUGUGGCUGAGCAUAUCCAGAGUAAACCGAGGCAUAAACUGCUGUAAGUGAUCUACGUUAGAUGUUUCUUUAUGUAAUAUGACUAAUAAAUAGUGAAUCUCUGAAAACUUGGUGAACAGCUUUUAUAAGGCCCCUAACCUGAGUUUUUUUUUGUUCGAAUCUGAGUUUACCUAUCUCCUAUCGCAUAUAUUUUAGUAUUUAAAAUCAGUGGGAUUUUACUUUCUCUCAUAUUAAAAUGGAGUACUCUGUAGAUAAAUUUCUGUUCUAUUGUAUCUUACACGUAAACUCUUAUGGGAUGUAAGGUGAGGAGGAAGAGGAUGGUGCACUCUGCUGUUAACCAACCACACCUGCAUUAUCCACAGCGUAAGGACACACAUGUAUUAUGUCUGUAGGGUUAGAUGUAGUAUGCUUUCUCGGGGUACAAUAAAAGUAAUAUAAAACCCACUGCCGUCGAGUCGAUUCCAACUCAUAGCAACCCUAUAGGACAGAGUAGAACUGCCCCCAUAGAGUUUCCAAGGAAACUGGCGGAUUUGAACUGCCAGCCUCUUGGUUAGCAGCCGUAGCACUUACCCACUAUGCCACCAGGGUUUCCAAAAGUAAUAUAGCAUGUUAAAAGUAGUUUGUAUUUGAAUAUUGUGUUUAUAAAUAAAAAGAGAUAGACAUAGUGCUCACAUUAUAUACCUUUCAAUUUUAUUUAACCACAGAUAUUAGAAAGCAAUCUAUGGGGUAUUAUUUUAUCUUUGCUAUUCCCUGUGUCUUAUUACCCAUGUUUUUAAACAAGUUUCCUAAAAAUUUAACUUAAAUUGUAAUCAAUUUUUAAGAUUUUGAUCAGAGUUGAUAAAAAUUUAGAAAUUAUUUCUUUAUAACUUUUUUUUUAACCAACAGCAUUUACCUAUUUUAAGUAGAAAUCUGCAGUGUUUGUAGGCUGUCUGUACUUCCUACUUAAAAAAGCUGAGUACAUGAAAAUGGAAACUUAGGGCAUCAGUAAAUUAGGGAGUCAUCAUUGGAGUGAGUUUUAUUAGAGACUUCUUAACUGGAUUUCUUUGAAAUGGAGACUGUCCCUGGUGUGUUUACAUGACAUCUUGUUUUAAAAUGUUUAUACACAGUUUUUUAGGAAUGUGUCUUAACGUGAAGGGAGUUUUACUACUUCAUUUCAUGUAUUUCAUUAGGAGACUUUCUGCUAAGAAUGUCAUCAAAGGCAUACAUUGUACCUUUUCAUGUUCUUAAGCAUUGAUAGAAAAAUAGGUGGCAGACUUUUGUUUGGUUCUACGUAAGUAGUAAUUUAAAUGUACGAAGAAAAUGUUACAACCCCUAGAUUUUCUUUUUAAUAAAUUAAGAUCUAAAAACUUGUGAACUGUAUAAUGAAAUUCUGUAAGAAAAUUUGAUGUGUCAGAAAAUAGAGUUGAAAAUCACCAAUCCAGGCAGUUGCCAUUAAAAUUCAUACUAAGAGCCUAGAAGCAUUGGGGUUUUGCAUCAAAAUGAAAAUUAUGCUAAAAGGCAUGAAAUUAGGAUUUUAGCAGCUGCUACAUCAUAAAAGCCUGGCAUUGCUUUUGUAUCCACAUUUUUUAUUCUUCACUUUGCAGGAAUGUUAAAUAUUUCUGCACUCAUAAUUUUAAGUAGCCGUGACUUGGAGGCAUUGGAGAAUAUGCUGUAAAUGGCUUGUGUGGAGAUUCAGAUCAUUGUAUUAUCAUUAAGGGUGUAAAUAUAGGAGCCAUGGUCAUUGAUCUCUCUUGUUGAAUUGAUCUUGUGAACUAUUCCCAAAUGGAGGCAUUUUCUUUACCACAGGAAUACUACAGUACUUAAAAAAAAAAUUCUACUUAUAUUUUCUCAUUUGAUCUUCACAUCUAAGUUGAGGAAAUUGAGGUCGAAAAUGGAUGACAGCUGAAGGUUCAGAGCUACAGAAAAGAAGCUAAAGAUAUUAUAAUAGAAUUAAGUAAAAAUGAUGGAAAAUUUCUAAUAUUGUGCUAUAAGAGGAAUUUGGAAAUAAUCAGUAUCUUAAAGAUAGGAAGAUAUGGGACCAAUAUAAGAUGCAUCUGUGAACUAAGCUGCAGUGGAGCAGCAGGGAAAGGGAAAAAAUGAGACCUCUGAAGACAAGACAAAGCUUCCCUCCACCUCCAGCCCCCUGCCCUGCUCUUUUGUUCCUAACAGAGCCUGAAGCAGCAGGAUGAUGACUCACAGGACUUUAAGAAAGAAAGGCCUUAAUGGUUGUGAGAGCCCUGAUGCUGACGAUUACUUUGAGCACAGUCCACUCUCGGAGGACAGAUUCAGCAAACUAAAUGAAGAUAGUGAUUUUAUUUUCAAACGAGGCCCUCCUGGUUUGCCACCUCAAAACUUCUCAAUGUCUGUCACAGUCCCUGUGACUAGCCCUAAUGCUUUGUCCUACACGAACCCAGGGGGUUCACUUGUGUCCCCAUCUUUGACAUCCAGCUCAGCGUUAGCAGAUUCAAGCAUGCUCUCUCCACCUCAAGCCACAUUACAUAGAAAUGUAUCCCCUGGAGCCCCUCAGAGACCACCAAGUACUGGCAAUGCAGGUGGGAUGUUGAGUACUUCUGACCUCACGGUGCCAAAUGGAGCUGGAAGCAGCCCAGUGGGUAAUGGCUUCGUAAACUCAAGAGCUUCUCCAAAUUUGAUUGGAACUACUGGUGCAAAUAGUUUAGGCAAAGUCAUGCCUACAAAGUCUCCCCCUCCUCCAGGUGGUAGCAGUCUUGGAAUGAACAGUCGAAAACCAGAUCUUCGAGUUGUCAUCCCCCCUUCAAGCAAGGGCAUGAUGCCUCCAUUGAAUACCCAGAGGAUAAGCAGUUCUCAAGCCACUCAGCCUCUUGCUACUCCAGUGGUGUCUGUGACGACCCCAAGCUUGCCUCCACAGGGACUCGUGUACUCAGCGAUGCCCACUGCCUACAACACUGAUUACUCACUGACUAGUGCGGACCUAUCGGCCCUGCAGGGUUUCAACUCCCCAGGAAUGCUGUCUUUGGGGCAGGUGUCGGCCUGGCAGCAGCACCAUUUAGGACAAGCAGCCCUCAGCUCUCUUGUUGCUGGAGGGCAGUUAUCUCAGGGUUCAAAUUUAUCCAUUAAUACCAACCAAAACAUCAACAUUAAGUCAGAACCAAUUUCACCUCCCCGGGAUCGAAUGACCCCAUCAGGCUUCCAGCAACAGCAGCAGCAACAGCAGCCCCAACCCCUGCAGCCCCAGCCCCAGCCCCGGCAGGAAAUGGGGCGCUCCCCUGUGGACAGUCUGAGCAGCUCUAGUAGCUCCUACGAUGGCAGUGACCGAGAGGAUCCCCGGGGCGACUUCCAUUCUCCAGUUGUGCUGGGCCGACCGCCAAACACUGAGGACAGAGAAAGCCCAUCUGUGAAGCGGAUGCGGAUGGACGCGUGGGUUACUUAAGGCUUCCAGGGCUGACGUUUGUACUUUGUGUUACUGCAGUGAACUGCCCUACAUAUCUAAAUUGGUCAAUAAGGACAUGAGUUAAGUAUAUUUAUAUGUACAUACAUAUAUAUCCUUUACAUAUAUAUGUAUGUGGGUGCGAGUGUGUGUGUAUGUGUGGGUGUGUGUGGCAGACAGAACCAGGCACUUAACUUCAAACUCCCUGUAGAUUGGCAGAUAUACGUCCCAUGGCAAACAGCACCCUGUAGGCAGAGGUCUAGUCUGGCACGUCUUUGGACUACUCGUUUCGUAAGAUAACCAGUUUUUGCAGAGAAAUGUGUACCCAUAUGUAGCUAUCCCACACUAGCUUGCGGAAACCUAGAGGGCCCCUACUUGUUUUAUUUAACUGUGCGGUGACUGUAGUACUUACGAAUGCUUUGUAGAACAGAGCAGUAGAAAAGCAGGAACCAAGAAAGCAAUACUGUACAUAAAAUGUCAUUUAUACUAAUUACCCAACCUGGCAUGGGUCUCUAUUACAAAGGGGUGCAUGGGAAAGGGCUGUUGAUAUUUAAAAAAACAAAAAAUAAAAACGCCCCACACAUAACUGUUUUGCACGUGCAAAAAUGUAUUGGGUCAAAGAAGUGAUCUUUAGCUAAUAAAAAGGAGAGAGAAUAGAAAACACGCAUGAGAUAUUCAGAAAAUACUAGCCUAGAAAUAUAGAGCAUUAACAAAAUAAAACUAAUAUAUUAAGUUAUAAUUGGAAUAUGUCAGAAGUCUCUUUUUACAUUCAUAUCUUAAAAAUUAAAAAAACUGAUUUUAGCUCAUGUAUAUUUUAUAUGAAAGAAAACACCCUUAUUAAUUGAUGAUUAUAUAUAAAAUUAUAUUCACUACGUUUGAACACAUUCUGCUAUGAAUUAUUUAUAUAAGCCAAAGCUGUAUGUUGUAUUUGUUUUUUUUUUUUUUUUUUUUUAAAGAAUAGCUUUAUCUUGUUUUAACUUUUUAGUUUUAUUUUAGGAGCGGGGGGGAAACAAAUAUCUUGCGAGCAGAACCUUGGAAAAAAAAAGCCAUGAACACUUACUAUUCUAUGUGUAAAUUAAAAGUUGAGCCAAACUCUGUGUACAUAGCAUCUGAAAUAUAUUAUCACCUUUAAUGUAAGUACCUAUGUAUUGUAUGGUCACCAGAUUAAAAAGUAUAUUUUUGUGGAUUGCCACCAAUUUGGGGGGAAAAGGCAAGGUCUUUAUUAGAGUACUCACUGUUUAAUAUUUACUAUUUUGUUAAAUAUACUGUACUUUGGAUUUUAAUUUUUAGCCCAGUUUUUUCAGAGGAUUGUAUAAAGGGGUUUCUCCCCUCACUGGUGGUGAAUGUGUGAUGUUACAUGGUAAUCUUUGUGCUGUAUGGGUUGAGCAUCAUUAUAUAUUUUAUAUAUAUGUACAUAAAUAGCAAAGUGGCAAAAAAAAAAUAGUGUUAAGUUGAUCCUGCAUAAAUAUAAAAUGUGUUGUAACAGAUUUUAUAAGGCAUUAUUUAAAAAUUUGCCUUUUGUGAGGAAAAAAAUGAGUAGAAAAAGCCGACCUAAUUUAAUUAUUAGAGAAAAUGACAAAAUAUUAGAUGAGCACAAAGGUUUUAUAAGUGGUAAAUGAUUAGGAGAAGCAUUAAUGGGGGAAGGGGUUUUUUUUCCCCCUUAACCCCCUAAAAAUAGAACGAUGCAGCUGGUUCCUGUAUGCUGGCAUUGUUAAUGGUUAUGUGCGUUGAAAUGACAUUUUUUUGGUGUGGGGGGAGAAAUUCUCGUACGGUGCAGAUCCUCAUCCUCAUCAUGGUUCUUGCCAACCUGAUUGAGAUCAGUGGAGCUUUACUCUUACAGGAAGACAAUGAAUUGGUAAUAGCUAGUUCCUCAGUUUACUGGGCUUGUGCCAUGAACAAAAAUUCAGAGUCCCGUAUAUCUUUUAUCAUAGCUUUUAAAUGCUCCUUUUCCUGAGAAACUCCAAGGGUUUAAAAAUUGCUACUUCAUAUUUUACAGUGAAUAUUGAGCAGCUAGCUGUAGUUUUUACUUAGAUUUUGCUUUUCCCCCUAAAUUAUGUUCUUUUUGAUGUUUUCCUCAUAUGCUACUUGUGAGAAACCAUCAGCCAUAUUUCUUGACUGACACAUAGGUAUGAGGUACAGGGUACACCUCCAGCAGUCACGGGAUGCAAAAUGGAGAUUUUAUUCAGUGGCAAUUUGGGUAGUAAAUUUUGAUACAGGCCAAAAAGGGGAGGGCAAUAUGCUGCGCUCUCUUCUCUUUGAUACAGACAUUUGGCUGUCAUUCAGGAAGGAUUUGUUUUCCUUUAAAAUGUACGUAUUUUCCUGAACUACUUACAGGCACAUUUCUUCAUAAGGUCACACCUAAUUGAAACCAGUCUCCCAACACUGAAUUUCCAAGAUAAUCCUUACCACUUUGUAAACCAUUUAUAGCUUUGAAAGUGUGAUGUGAUCUUUCAUUAUUAUUUAUGCAUGUUCACAAACUUCUGCUGUACGUUGGGAUAGGAGUUAACACAUUCACAUUUACUGUCUAUUUUCUUGUGUGCCUUAUGAGAUGGCUUUUCUGACUGUAUCUCAGUAGUCUUUCUUUCUAUGCAGGUUUAUAAUCAGUACAACUACUGUUUUCUAAAAUAAUAUUACACAAGGCUCGGAGUUUGUAUUUAAAUUACACUGACCAAGUAACAAUUUAUUCCGUUUUCAGGAACUGAAUAUUUGACUGUUAACCUUCUCUCCACAUGUCCAGCGUGAUUUGGAGCAUGUGGGCUUGACAGAGACAUCCUUCACCAGACACCCAUGUACAAACACAUCCACAUACACACCUCUUGGUGGAAACCAGUUCAGAGUGGGCAACACACUAAGGUGUUACUUUAGAACCUACUUUUCUUACCCUUUUAGAUUCAUGUGUUUUGUAUAAGACACCAUUUGCAAGAAAAUUUGAUCCCUUCAGAUGAAAUAUUUUAUUACUAAAAAAUAAAAACAAAAAAAGUUUCGAAUAAGUUGCGCCGGUUACAGUCCACUUUCCAACAGCUGUCCGUCCUUCGGCACUCUAACUGGUAUCCCACUGAGAGUGAAAGUCAUCACUGUGUGUAGACAAACGGUCCCAACCAAACUCCAUCUUUUGAGCCCUAAUUAUGUCCAUUGUGUUAUAGACUAAAUCAGGGGUUUGUUCUAAAAGAACAAUAUAUGUUUUACCAUUUCCUUGAAGGACAACUAAUUAUGCAUUCACAUAGUUUCUGUAUUAACCAUCAUGCGCACAAGAAAUACAUAGUAAAUAAGGAACCUGAAAACUCCUGGCACCGGGUCAUGAGAAGCUAGAUGAUUAGAAUGUGAAAAAUAUUUUACAAAUGUAAAACUUUUAUUUCUCUGUAGAACCUUUCUUCACUUUGCUGUGCAAGAAGACACUGCUUUGCUAUAUUUAAAAUGGCUUUUUUAAAAGAGAUUUAUGUAUUUGGUAAAUGUUUGUAGUCAACAGUUCACACAAGAAGCUGUACACGGUUUGAUCAAGUAAAACCGUUUGGCGGCACAAGCUGGACUUUGUUGCCAUCCUUGAGAUGAACCUUUUAAGAAAAAUAAGUUAAUCUCAAUUUUUCCCUGAAUGUGUUGUUUUUUCUUCAUUAUACAAUAAAUAUUAUAGUGAACUUUUUAUCAAAUGGUUAAGAAAAUGCUAGAGGUUGUUGUAAACUAUUUGUAUCCUGCACUCACUACAGUAAAGACGGACUGGCUUUUACUGUGUA